CCAUGAGCCUCUUGGGCGAGUGACCCUGCACUGCUUUGACUGUGGAUCUCUUAAUGGGAUUAUCUAUUCUCAGGACAGGAGAAAGAAAGGAGGAGAGAGGAGAAUGUACCAAGGACAGACAGUAAACCCUUCACUGUGAAGACGAACUGAAAAAAGCUCAAUUAGCUGAAGCAGACUUCUGGUUUGUUCUGGUUCACAUUGAGACCGACGCACUGAUGGGGACAGCGGCAGGUCAAAUGAUUUCCCACCAACUGUCACUUUUAUUUCAUUUCACAUGUUUAAUUUGAAUGCCCCAAUGUUUCUUUAGAGGUUUCCACCUGAAACAAAAACAGACGGACACAGUUCAUCCAAUAUGCCGGACAGCGACGAAAGUGAGGAAGAGACGGGUCAGGAGGAACCAUCGGUGAAGAGCUGGAGUGAUAUGUCCAUCAUAGAGCGAGUAGGCCUCAACAGCUUGGACAUGACAGAAAAGGACUUGGAGACGGCCUUCUCUCAGAUCGCCCUGGCUUUUCGCUGCGACCAGUACACCCUGAGACAGAGGCUGCAGUCAGAGGAGCACGCUCGCAACCUGGCCGAGGAGAACAUCCACCUGGAGCUCACACGAGGCAGGGAGACUCUGGAGACCUUGAAGGGCCUGUGUUUGGACAGUAAGCGCAGCAGCAUCCUGCAGAGGCUGGAGUUGUGUCUGGACAUCCUGGGUGGGACGGUUGAGCGAAUCUCCAGCACAGCAGAGGUGCUUGGCGCUGUUCACCAGGAGGCUCGAGUGAGUCGUGCUGUGGAGCUCAUGGUGGCUCAUGUGGAGAGUCUGAGGAGACGUCAUGACAGACAUUUAGCUGAGCUUGAAGAAGCUAAAAAGACAGUGGAGCAGCAGCAGUUGAACUCCAGCCGGCACAGCAUUAAUCCAAGAAUCAUCUCAGCAGAUCCAGAAAGUGAUAGAAAGAGGAGAAACUCUAAUCAGAGCAUCUUACGUCGUAGAGUCAGUGCAUCGAUUAUUUCUAGCCCAGCUCAGGAGAAGAAAAAGCUAGAUUUAAGGAAGUGGACCUCCUCCUGCAAGAAGCAGUCCCCUCCACUUUUGUCUCCUUCCCUGAGUUUAGAUUCUUGCAGCUCUGUCUUCACUUCUGGGGACAGCCACUUAAUGGAUGAAAGGUUCUGUUACAGGCAGGCAGACCCAGAUCGAGCAUGUACUACCUUUCCAGAUCUUUCUGCUCCCACCCCAGGGAGCCCAUCAACUGAAGAAGUGAUUCCUCCAAGUACACAGAGCAAAAGUCUUCGUUACAGCCUCUCUCUGGAUUCUCUGCAACAAAGACAGAAAGCCAAAGCAGCCGUUUUAAGCAAAGGAAAAGACAGAAAGGCACAAAGUAUUCAGAGACAAAUCUCCAUAGGCACGUAUGGGUCCCCUUGUAAGCAGGAUCCUCUGGCGGUCCGGUUGCAUCGCUGCCGAUGGGCGCGCUGCUACACCAACCUGCUGGUGCUCCUCUGUGUGUUGAUGCUGACUUACGUAAUGUGGAAGCUUCAUGAAGAGGAGCCUGAGCCAUGACUGGAAAAUCAUUAUUCUCUGCAUAGAUUCUUUAAGAAAUAAAACCCAUUCCCAUUUC